UUUCUAAAACUCUCCUUAUCAUACAUCUCUCUCUCUCUCUCACUUUCUUAGCUACACAGAAGCCUCCCCUUCUCCUGUUGCUGACAUUUCAGUUCCUAUAGCUAAUAUUCUCUACACACAACUUUUCUAUCUCUUCUCUUCUUUUCUCUUUUUCUAUUCUUUUGCCAGCAUUACAGACUUUUGCACCUUCACAUGGGGAGGCACUCUUGUUGCUACAAGCAAAAGCUUAGAAAAGGCCUCUGGUCUCCUGAAGAAGAUGAGAAACUUGUCAAGCAUAUCUCAAAGUAUGGGCAUGGCUGCUGGAGCUCUGUCCCUAAAUUAGCUGGACUUCAGAGAUGUGGGAAGAGCUGCAGAUUGAGGUGGAUCAAUUACCUCAGGCCUGAUCUUAAAAGAGGGACAUUUUCGCAACAAGAGGAGAAUCUGAUCAUUGAGUUACAUGCAGUUCUUGGCAACAAAUGGUCACAGAUUGCAGCUCAAUUGCCCGGGAGAACAGAUAACGAAAUCAAGAACUUGUGGAACUCGUCGAUCAAGAAGAAACUGAGGCAGAGAGGCAUUGAUCCCAACACUCACAAGCCACUGUCCGAAAUUGAGAACGAAGAAAAGGCUUCUGCCAGCAAUACUAAAACCAUGGACAAGGCCUCAGAAGAGUCUUAUGAACUGAACUUUGUAGAAGCCGAGAAUUCGAACCAAGAAAUGUCAAUGGAGAAGCCAAAACCUCCUCAAAUGAAUGCAUCAAAGCAGAUAUACUCACAGCUCAUUGACAACUCAUUUAACAGGAUUUCAACCCCACCAUCCACACAUGAGUUUUUCUUGAACAGGUUUAUUGCUAACCAUGAAGCUUCCACCUCAAAGCCUAAUUCCGAUUUAUCCACCCUUUUUUCAUUUCAGCAGUUACAAAAUUAUAAGCAGAAUUCUGAUAUAGGCCUGUCGGUGGAUUCUUCUACUAGUAAUUUUUUCUUCAAUCAGGCUUCCAAGUCUUCUGAAAUGAUCUCAGACUUCAAUUCCAUGACACCCUCCAUUCAUUUAUCGUCGAUUUCUAACUCUUACAAACUUCCCACUUCUCUCCCCCUUGAUGAUGACAUGAACCAUGACUCGACAAUGAGGCCAUUCCAUAGUCUCCGCGGAGUUCAGAAUUGGGAUGCAAAUACACUAGCUAACAGUGGAGGUAGCAACAAUGAGAGCAGCACUGCUAAUACCAAUACAGUCUCCUAUUUCGAUCACAACAACAAUGGUUUCGGUUGGAAUGGUGCAAUAGGAAAAAUGGAGAAAGACCAUCAUCAAAAUCAUCGCGUUAAUUCCUUGGAAGGAGUCGAAAAUGAUGAAAUGAAAUGGAAUGAUUAUCUGCAAACUCCAUUUUUAUUAAGUACAUCUAUGCAAAACCAUACUUCUCAGGACAUGUACAAUGAAACCAAGCCAGAAACACAAUUCUUGUCACCUCCCUGGCAUCAUCAUCAUCAAAACCAGCAACAAGAGACCUCGACGCCAGACGUAUAUUCCAAGAAUUUCCAGAGACUUUCUGCCACCUUUGGACACUUUUCUUAGAGCUUGUAAUUCAUAUCAGGGAAUGGAAUGCUUCAAAUUCACCAGGUGCAUGUGUGUGUCAUAUUUUCUCUUCUGUCAUUCUGUAUAUAGGCCUAUUACAGAAUUUAUCAGCUUAUCAAUAUAUAAUUAGUUGCUCCACACAAUAUUUUUUCCAAGCUGAUCAUUUUUAUGGUGUAUAUAUAUGUGAUUGUGGGUAAUUUUUCAGAAUAAGUAUUCUGGUUUUUAAUUUUUAUUCAUUAAAACUGUGUUUUGUUGAGUUGUUUUAGAGCCACAAGUGUUGUAAUUACUGAUGAAUGGUAAUCAGUCAAAAAGGUGUUGUACUUUUGGUAUUCUUUUUUCACAUUGGGUUUCAGCUUUUAUAAUAUUUUUCUUUUUAGUAGAGAUAGUGACAAUCUGUAGAGAUAGUAUAUGCAGAAAUAUUCAAAUGCAAGUCUUUCUGUGUUCUUGAAA